AGGGCAGGUUAUGGAGAGUAAGUGAGAUAAAAGUCGUCCACCUGGGACUGACAUUGCCUAAGGCGAUCAUGAGCAUGACGCUUUCACCUCUGAAGUAAACCCAACCUCUUCUACCUACACAAGAAUUACACCCAUCCGGCUCAAGACACAUCCGAUUGAAAAUAGUAGGUGAAGCAGUGAGAGUGGCCGAAGUUUCACAACGCACUUGAAAAACAGAGCCUAGCACUUUGCUUUCUUUCUUCUUGUUCGCGUUUGAAAAGCAGAGCUGUGAGAAAAUUACGCAAAACGGAGAGAAAACGAACGCAGACCAAUCGCGUGCAUUCGCCGUUUGCACCAGCCCCGGAGAAGGAGACAAGAAUGGCGCAAAGUGAAACAAGCACUUGCACAGGCUGCGGCGCGCGGGAUAAGGUCAUCGAAGAGGUCCGUCUCUACACCCAGCAAAUUCGAGCGCUGCUCUCGAAAAUUGACGGGCUACUUAUCGGGCCGGACACAACACCAGCGUCUUGUAUUAAUUUACUAUUUCUGUUUCACAAUGAAUAGACAGAGGACCAGCGAUAUUUUGUUCAUAGCUUCGAGGUCCUUAGUUCUUCGCUUUCUGUGAAUUCAGAAGUUGACUUGUUAGUCAUGAAUAUCUGAUUCUGCUGCACGAUGCACACAAGGGCAGAGGAAAAAGGAUAAAACACAAGCUUGAGACUUCAUUGGAAAUCAAUAGCGCAAACAAUCGUCAGCGAAUCUUCCUCUAGGCAGGUGCAGCCAAACGCCCAACGUAUUUUAAAAACAACAGCUACUACCGGAACCGGUGGACAGCUACUAGCGGGGUCUUCAAGUACUUCGUCGUCGGCGGCAGCUAGUGCCACUGGUAUCACAUGAAUGUGUUGGUUACAAUACACGGUUUUUUUGGUGCAUCCGCGUCUCCAUUUAAAAUACUAAAACCAAUACGAAUUUUCUAAAUGUCCGCAAGCGCGAUCUAUCAUGCGGCGUUCGUGAUGAAUGCAGAUUAAAAUGUAGAAGAUGCUCGAUUUUUACAUUUUUCGUUGACGUUGCUUCAGCGACACCUGUAUCACAAAACCCGGCAACAGGUUUGUUUCAGCAACCACCAGCACUCGUGGAAAAUGUUUUGCCAGAGCCAGCAGCACCACCGCCAGCAAUUGCGGAAGUGGAUUCUUCCUCUUCAUCCCCCUCUUCGAGCAGUAGCAUCUCCCCGAUGCAUGAUAUGCAUAUUAUGGGCGGAGCAGCAGGACAAGGAGGUACCAGCGACACUACUAGUUGUUCUGUUCCGCCAAAAACUAAAAUACUUUUGUGGUGUCGACACUCAAAGACUCGUCUCUACAGAAGAGACGUGUUAGAAGUCGAUGAACAAUCGUGGUGAGUGCAACCUCGUAUCAUGCAUGAGUAGAGCUGGAAACUAAGAGACGCCAUUUGGGAUGGCGGAUGACCUCCCCUACAAACACAGAGUCGGCAUUUUUUUGGGAUCCCGGGCACAUCCACAGUUUGAAGUCCAUGUACUUGGAGUGCGCAAGCCUUGUACCAUAUCAUAAGAGAGGACGCCAACAAUAAAUAAAAUACGCAGGUAAGAGACUGACCGAUGACCCGUUCUCGCCGGAACCUUGCCUCGACCACUCUAUUGGUGAGGAGGAUAUUGCAAGAGGUAGGCAGCAGGUGCAGGACAAGACCCAGCGCAAGCGGCGUAUUAUUGCUCCCAGAAAAUAUUUCGUGAAUGAGAAUGAGCCGCAAAAGGAAAAGCCGAGUUUCGAAGGAAGUCGAUCAGUAGCAGGCGUGGUCACAAGCGGCACCGUAGACACGACAGCAGCAUCUUCAUCUACUUUUUCCGCGUUCUCAGCACCACCACCUUUGAAUUCCGCGAAGUUGCGAUUCUCAACACAGUUGAAUGAGAAGAAGAUACACGCAAAUGUACAUGCUGCAAACAUCAAAAACGAAAGUAGUACGACCAUCCUGCCGCGAGGAGCAGAACGCCUGGAAUCAUGUUCAUGCGACAACUCGUCAUUGGUGCCGGAAGGUGAGCCACUCCCACUGCUUAACUCGACUUCUCCGGUAGGGUCUUCCAACAACGCACAUGCACAACUACUAGCUCCGGCAGGGUCUUCUAGCAUCGCACCGGCAGGGUCUUCCAACAUCUUCGCUCGGAAAUCGUGUACAACAACUAGUAUUUCUACUGCAACGGGACAGGUGGAUCGUAACACAGCAGAACCCGCUGGGUUGUCAAGUAGCUCCCAGGACCCGCAAAAGCCGAUAAUUGCGGAUGCCGGGAAAGCUGCUGCAAAUGAACAUGCGUCUGCGCGGUCCAAUAGCCGAAAAGAUCGCGGUGGAAAGAUGAAAGCAGCUGCUGGAAAGGUUUCGGCAGCCCAAUUGUCCAUUGCAGCGGAGCAGCAGGCGGGGCUGCCCGGGUCUUCUUCAUCUUCGCCUUUUGUAGCUUCGUCCUCGAGUUCCACUGCUACCACAACAGCCAAGGAGAAGCAAGUAGGAAAAGCCCGGGAGACCUCCACGAAGCGGAAGCAGGGCGCAGCAAGCAGCUUCAAGCCGGCAACAAGAGCUGCGAAAAAAACUGCCGCGGCUAGUGCGAAGGACAAAAUAAAUGACGUUGCCAGCAAAGAGGGGGGCAAGAAGGUGCAGGUCGUUCUCGAAUCGUUACACAAAGAUGAAGAUGAACCAGAAGCGAGCAAACGACACAGCAGUGUGCCUCCGAGUCGACGAGAACGAGCAAAUCAGGCCAAAAAUCCAAAAGAAUUGGACCUGCCACACCCGAAAAGCGAUGACCAAGACAAGCGAAUACGGAGCAGCAGUAUUCCGGCAGUGAAAGGAACCGGCGGUGCAAAGACAGCAAUUCAGCGGGCUUUCUCGGCAGUCCUGGGGGAGCUCUACGAUACAUCGGUGAGUCCACCCCAGCCCCUCGGCGAUCCCGGAUCUUUCGGCGCAGUAUUUAUCGGCUGCAGCAAAACGUCAAAACAGCCCGUGGCCGUGAAGCUCAUCCUAGAAUCGGGCGACUAUAAGAACUCUCACGGAGAGUCUGUCGGACUGUGCCAUAGCGACGACUUGGACGACAACUACCGCGAGGUGGUUGCGCUGCAGCGGUUGGCCCGCGAGGAGGACCGACCAGAUGAGCUUCUGCACGCUGUGUCGAUUGACCGCUUCCGAGUCGUCGAUGUAACGAGCUAUUUUGGCGGGAAAAACGUCAAGACCACAACGACCGUUCUGGUAUUGUGGUUUUUGUUUGGCUCUGGCCAAGUUUUGUACUUAUAUAUUAUAGUAAUUCGGAAUAUUGUAAUUGCUGGGUGGGAUGCACCGUGUUUCAAGAUGAUACGAAAAGGUCUCAUCGAGACCAAAUAGGAUCUCGAUCUUGCAUGCAAGUAGAAGCAGGAUCUGAGUCCCUCAGAAAUAGAUAUAAAAUGAAUUUAAAUUGAAAUAUACAUUUAGGCUAUUACGAUGCCUGCUGUCGGCAAGGCUGGCCUGCUGCAUGACGAAGAGGACGCUGGCGCAGCUGGAUGGAAAUUCCGGAUCACGCUGAACAAGCUCGAGACGCAAAACAAGGGCGCGGCUGCGGCAGCUCUGCUGAGUCUCAUUUCGAGCGGCCUAGAGGGACUGGGUUUCUUGAACAACCGUUUCUCCGUGAUCCAUUUUGACGUUUCGGAAACCAAUCUCAAGCCUGUUUUGAAGCUGGUACAACUUCUUUUCAGAUCACUACAAAGAGCAGGUUUUUAAUUUUCAUUUGCGUUUUUUUUUGCUGUUUGACUUCGUGUUUCCCCUUUGGGUUUGGGAAUACAAGACAAUGCAUGCAGAAUGUUUUCGCGGAUGCUUCUAAUGUACUGUCUCCUCAAUAACAAUAUCGAUAGUUGUUUUUUUUGGAGUUCGAAGUUCAUGACGCAACACCAUUUGCUCUGCGAUUGCGAGGAAGAAGUUCUUUAACGUGAACAAGUAUGUAGAUGUACCUCAAACUACACCAGAUAAACGGGAAGAAGACGAUGCAAGCCCGCCUGCUCGACUAUGGCAAGCUCCGCUUACUAGACCACGUUACCAAGGUGGACGGAGAGUCGUACGGGAACAGUGACUUCGCCCCAGCAGCAAGGAUUGGCCCGGUUUCGGUAGUGCGGACGCGUCCCGUUACCGCAAGCAACGACUACCCCGCGCUCUCCCUAGCAGUAUGCGAAUACCUCACCGGGCGCCGGCUCGCGAAUGAGGCGUUCAACUUCAAAACGGAUAGCGGGCAAGGCUACGAUGUUCAUCGCGCCACGCUCGAAGGGCUCGCAAAGGAGCUUGCCGCCGGCGCAGGUGGCCGAGGUGGGCAAAAAUCCGCUGGAAAGAUCAGAAACCAUGAGAUCCGGCGUCCCGCCACUACCGGGGAAAAGCUGAAGAAGAACGCUACGGACGAACAGAUUGCGGAUUUUUGCCGUAAGGCGGCCGAUGAGAUUCGCGAUUGUAUCCCGGGCGACAGCACGGGUACAUCGGCGGCACUGAUCCAGGAGGUGUGUGACGCUCUACGCCAAUAAAUCAAACUGCUAUCACAUUCUACUGGGCUCUGUAAGUCUAAAUCGUGGCAGCUAACAAUCCAGAUUUUAUCGUGACACGAUCACGACGUACGUCUGAGAGAUAAAAAUAGGUAAGAAUGCGGAUUUUUACAUUCCGAAUUGCCUAGCUCCUGCCCACCUGACAAGGGAAAAUUUUCAGGUGCUGACUACUUGCUUCUAUCGCUGGCAGCUUGUCUACUGUGUUGGUAAAUAAAGCAGAAUAGUCGUUGUAGCUUUGCCGAGAGGAACAAAAUGCUUAGGUUUGAAAAGACUUCCAGAUUCUGAAAAAACAGCAGUUAGAUUUCGCAGGCAUAUUUUCUGGCGUCUCUCCUCGAGGGAGAUCUCCCCCGCGGUGUCACGGUACUUCAGCCGACUACGGAAACCGAGUUUGCGGAGCUUUUCGGCGUCAGAACGAGAAGCACCGAUGAAGGCAAACCCCUGGCGGUCCUGAGAAAAGAAGCGAGGGAAAAACUGAAAGCGCUGCUUCCGUCCGACACGCUGCUGCUAAUCGGCCAGGAUGGUAAUACGAAACGCGGCCCAGAAGCAGAAGCAAUUUGCAGACGUGACGGCAAUCUCGUCAAUCUGCAGUGAGGACAGACACAACUGAAUACAAGUAAAUGGUAAUGGACUGGCCGCAGAAGAUUACAUAAAGAACAAACAGUAGUCGAGCAAAUGAAGCGCCCCUCGCGUGUAGUAACCACGAAUCUAUGUAUUGCCUUACAGCAGGAGCCGCUGGCAUUGAAAAACUGCAGGCAGAUUUUCCAAAACUGUACAUCGGUGCAGCUUUCGUCUCCAGUAAUUAUCUCAGAACUGUAAAUAAAAAACAAAGAGCAGUGUAGAUCUGGUGAAGUAGAGAGACAAAGAAUACGUUUACGUUCAAACGACUCGCCGUUCUACAACCAGAACGCUUUCUUUUUGCUUUUUGUAAAUUUGAUACGCUUAUUCACUUUUGCUUUUGUGCCAAAGCCAAUUGACUUUUGGACAGUUUACGUUACCAAAUGUGUGUGUAGAGGAUCGUCCUCCUUGUGGUGGCGCCUAGAUUUUGCUAAGUCGAUUGUGACUUUGCGGCUCAACGUUGCAGCCUGCUGAAGAUGGUUAGGCGCAGCGUCGACGGAGCGGUACACCAAGAAAUAUUUUACUCGAUCUCGAAUGGAUUCACAUUUCAGAAGGAUCUGCUUUUAUUUACUCUAUUUAUGAACUAAACAAGACCAUUGGGGCGAUUGGUCGUCUUGACGACGACGGCGUGGAGCGGCAAUUGACCAAAGAGAGCUCGAAGUGAGACUGUAUGAUUGAAGACAAAAAUAAACGCAAAUAGUAUAUAUAGAUAUACUUAAAUCAUGAUGAGGCCUCUAGAAUGUAUAGUAGACGAGGUGCUACCUGUAUUGCUACGCGGAAGGAUUCUGCACUCAAGGAUUUGUUUCGACGCCUUUUCGUCAAGCUUUUUCUUUGCAGUAAACAACAACAAGGUAUAGUACUCUUCGCCGAUAUGGAUGUCAAUAAGAAUCUGCACUACAAUGCGACCACGAAUGAAAUAUAUUUAUAGUUUCUCGAACUCGAGGUGUAACUUAAGCUUGAAGUUGCAAACUAAAGGUAAAGGGUGGAAGUCCUUGCGAUAAAUUCGUGAUGAGUUCACAAACCUUAUUCCUUGUCAUUGUGAAUAGCUGCAGCAUUCACAUUGUGAUAGCUGCACUGUAGAAUUAUCUAGCGCGUCGAUCUAGAGGUAGAGCUUCGGCGCAGACGCAUCUAUGUCUCAUGCACUGAGAACGAGGCCAACUAGUGAUACCGCGAGCAUCGAAUUUAUAAAGUAGAACUCUUCCUUUGUGGGGUCGAAAAAGGGAAAUCCAAAAGGCGCUUUUCUUUCUUCGUGUUUGUGACAGCUUGACACGGUUGUAGUUUCAGAAUCUCCCAGGUGUUGCAAAGUUAAAGAUAAAUUCAGACUUUCUCCACCGAGGUAAUUAUUUCUUGUGGAGCGCUACAGCUUUAGCUUCACGAGUAAGAGGCGGACAGAGGCAAACCAAUACCGAUUUGGUACACCGCCCGACAUCAAAAAAAGGGAACUGUAACUGAGAAAUAAAUGCAAGAGGCGGAAUGGAAUCGCAAUGGAGGUUUUCUUUGACCAAGAGGACGCCUCGCUCAUAUAAUGAGGUUGAUCAU